CCCCUGCCAAAGGGAAGAGAGAGGAGAAAGGAAUUCACCGAGAAUUACGCCUACUGCUUUCUGAUUUCUUGCUCUCUCCCUCUUCCCUCUCGCCGGCCGGAGCUCAUUCACGCUCAGAAAAGCUUUUUUCCCCGGCCUGGGACGGAAGGGAAAGGAGACAACCGAAACGGUUCGACGAGCUGACAAAUCUCUCAGAGAAGAGGGAAGGAAGAACGGAAAUCGCGUAUCGCCGGAGCUUGGAUAUCCUUUUCCCCUGCUCCGGUUGAUUCCUCUCUGCUCUCUCUCCCUUCCCUCUCCGACGACAGCAGCCACGGUGGAGAAGUUUCUUUGUUUCUUUGUAGGAGAAUCCUUUAGCGAUCGCGCGAUCUGAAAUCCAGAGCUGAUUCUCUCUUCUUGCUCUGUUUUUCUCCCCGAAUUCGUCUCUGUUUAGACGACGAAGAAGAUGAGCGUAGUGAGCUCUACAGUCCGCGGGAGGGGCGAAAGGCGGAGCGUGCUGGGGUCAUGGGUCGGGGAAGAGUCGGCGUCGAUGGCCGGCGACGUCGCCGGCGAAUCGGAGAAGAUUCACGUCGCCAUCAGGCUGAGGCCGCUAAACGACAAGGAGAAGGCGAAGAACGACGUCUCCGAUUGGGAAUGCAUCAGCUCCAACACCCUCAUCUUCAAAUCCUCCAUGCCCGAUCGCUCCAUGCUCCCUGCCGCCUUCACAUUCGAUAGAGUGUUCGGACCGGAUUCCGGCACGAAGCAGGUCUACGAGGAAGCGGCGAAGGAAGUCGCUCUCUCCGUCGUCACCGGCGUCAAUGCUAGCAUUUUCGCGUACGGCCAAACGAGCAGUGGGAAAACGUACACGAUGAGCGGAGUGACGAAGUACGCCUUGGCAGACAUUUUCGACUACAUCUACAAGAACCAAGAAAGAGAGUUUGUGUUGAAAUUCUCCGCCAUUGAGAUCUAUAACGAAGCUGUUAGAGACUUGCUUAGCUCCGAUCCCAGUCCGCUCAGACUCCUGGAUGAUCCAGAGAGAGGAACCGUGGUUGAUAAGCUGAUCGAGGAGCCGAUUGAAGACUGGAACCACCUGCAGGAACUCUUUUCCAUUUGUGAAGCUCAAAGGCACAUAGGAGAGACGGCUUUGAACGAGUUCAGCUCCAGAUCUCAUCAAAUCCUUCGGCUGACGGUGGAAAGCUGUGCUCGUGACAACUUGGGUGCAGAGAAUUUGAGUACUCUUACUGCUUCUCUGAAUUUCAUUGAUUUGGCUGGGAGUGAGCGAGCUUCUCAAACAUGGUCGACUGGUACAAGGCUGAAAGAAGGUUCGCAUAUUAACCGCAGCUUGCUCACCUUGGGAACCGUAAUCCGCAAACUAAGCAAGGGGAGAAACGGGCAUAUACCCUACAGAGAAUCCAAGCUGACGAGAAUACUGCAGAAUAGCUUGGGAGGCAAUGCGAAGACUGCCAUAAUCUGCACCAUGAGCCCAGCGCGCUGCCACGCCGAGCAAUCAAGAAACACGCUCGGGUUUGCCAGCUGCGCCAAGGAAGUGUCGACUAGCGCGCAGGUCAAUGUGGUAAUGACCGACAAGGCCCUGGUGAAGCAGCUGCAGAGGGAGAUCUCCAGGUUGGAGGGCCAGCUCGAGCGCCAGGCCAAGAGCAGCUUCGGAGGAACGGUGUCCAAAACCAACGAUACUGCUGCUUUGCUGAGGGAGAAAGACCUUUUGAUUGAGCAGGUUUAUUAUUCUUGAUCAUCCUUGCCCCUGCUGAUGCCAUGGUAGUCAAUACCACCAUAGAAAUUGGACUACCUUGCUUCCUUCGAUGUCUAGUAAUGUCGGUCACCUUUUGCAGAUGGAGAAAGAGAUCAAGGAGCUGACCUGGCAGCGUGAUCUCGCACAAUCCCACAUCGAUAGCUUGCUGAAAUCGGUCGGGGAAGACCGACUCUUCAGAGUGGAAGAGAAUUCAGUAUCGGAGGCUGAUGCAGGUCUAGUAAGAAGCAACACCGAAAGGGAGUACGAUCAGUUCAGCAUGCCUAGUCCUGUUCCCAAUAGGCAAUUACUUGAGACACAAGCAAGCCUGGAAGCCUACUCUCUGCAGGAGGAGAUCCCUCAACGCAACACCAGUGAGUCAGAGAACAUAUGCAGGGAUGUCCCUUGUGCCGAAAUGGGAGAAACCCCAUCGACAAAAAUGGCUACUACUGCAGAUGAAACUGCUGAGGUGGCAUUGACGACCAUCGAGGAAACCAAGGAACUCUGUGACGUGGGUUCCUAUGACAUACACGAGAUUCUGAAGCGGAGGGUUCAGGAAUUGCAGAAGACGAUUGAGAGUUUGAACCAGUCUUCACCUUUUAGCUCAGGGAAAGGUGUGUCAUUGACUAGAAGUAAGAGCAAGAAAGUCGUGGUGGUGACUAUUCCCUCAGCGCUUUGGUCCAAGAAAGAAGAGGACGAAGAAGACAGUGAAGAGGACGGCUGCAAUGCUAGAGACUCUAGUGCGACCGACGAGGAGAUUCCUGAGAGACGAGGAAAUUCUAAGGAGGAGGACAACAAGGGUCUCAAGAUGGAGCACGAGUCAGGAAUGAAAGACUCCGACUAUCCCGAAAGCUGUGUUGUUGGCACCAAAGAGGACGAGAUCAUUAAAGAGAUUGAUGUUCAUUUCGAUGAUACAACGAGUGUGCUGGAUUCAGUUGCAGGAUGGAAGAAGGGCAAGAAGAUGAUGAAGCACCAAAAGCAGCCAACCAGGGAACUUGGUGUCAUUUCGGUUGUGGAGCCAUCGAGAAGAAUUCCAGAAGCGAUGCCGACAACACGGGCAAGAGACCUCGUCUCGGAGACAAACAGGAGUUCGAACCAGAGCCCUGCUAACUGGUCACAGAAGUUUGAGAGGUACCGCAGGAAGAUCAUCGAGCUUUGGGCGAAAUGCAACAUACCAUUGGUCCACAGGAGUUACUUUUUCCUGCUCUUCAAAGGAGAUCCUUCGGACAACGUUUACUUGGAAGUUGAGCUCAGGAGACUCUACUUCAUCAAGGACACAGCUGCUCGUGGAAACAAUCCGGUUGUGGAUACUCAGAUUGCCACCUACACCUCUAGUCCGAAGCUUCUCAACCGAGAGAGGAUGAUGUUGGCCAAGCAACUGCAGAAGAAGUUGAGCAGAAAGGAAAGGGAAGAGAUUUACCUGAAAUGGAACAUAGAACUCGACACGAAGCAGAGAGCAUUGCAGCUGGCCGGAAAGUUGUGGACAGACUUGAGAAACAUGAGACACGUUAGGGAAAGUUCGAUCCUUGUGGUGAAGCUGAUCGGGUUCGUGGAGCCACAAUAUGCGCCCAAGGAGCUAUUCGGGCUCAACUUCUUAAACCCGUCAGCUAACCAGAAGGGCAGCUGGAGAGACAACAUGUCUGCCCUUCUAUGAGAGGCUCAUACCAUCUCUAUGCAAUUUGCUAAAAAAGAUUAGAUGCCUUUUGUAUACACAGUUACACAACUAAAAUUUUUUGGGACAGUUUGGGGAAGUAUCAGUCUUUCCUUGUAAAUGAAAGAGAAAAGACGUCUAAGCCGAGAGUGUAGUAAAAAAAGGUAAAUUUUUUUGACUCACUUCCACUGUUUAUUCACGCUUUUUCUUGGUACGUGGUAAAAGAAAGGGUAAUGGGCAAGGAACCAGCACUAAAUCACUUUGAAUCACAAAAGAGAAACUGGCAUUAUCAACCAAAGAGAGAAAACCUCUCGUGAAAACAACAUAAUUCUAACUAAACUGGAUGCAGGCUGCAAAACAUCCGCAGAGGACAUUUCUUCGUUUGAAUAAAGUUCACGAUGGCUCGACUAUAUUAUUGAAGACUAUAUAUAGACAAAGGUGCAGAGUUACUUACACUACUAGAUCAACACAUUGAUUUUCCUUACAUCAAUAAUGCUCCUUCAGUGAUUCUCCAUCCUGAAUCAGAAAGAGAGAUCUCGUAUCUAGUUGCGUAGGUCGUAGUGUUUGGGCCGCUCGUAGGGUGAACAGCAUCGGUUAAGGUGAUCGAUUCAUUUAUUGUUGCUUCCACCACAGCAUGUUUUUCAUCUGAGGACAUGGUUACACUGUUGAUGGUCAAGUCCAAUAGCGUGCAGUCGUAUACCCAGCCAAGCUUUGCAAUUUCGGCGGCUCGGUCUGUCCAAAGCUUCAACAUUCGACCAUCCAAUACCUCUGUCAAUUUUCCCAGACAAUGAUCAGUUCCAAAAGCAUGAGCCUUGACAUUCUGCCAUUUUCGGACUAUGCCUUCUGCUAAGCUUGCAUGCUGUCUUGACAAUGCUUCAGUGACGUUGUCUCCUUCAGCAGUGACAUCAGAAGAAGCCGUUGCUUGGUCAAUCUCUCCUUGGCCAAAAGACCGACCUCUUGGAGGCAUACCCUUUAAUCCUACUAAAGUCAACAGUCCAAUUGCAACUCCAGCGCACAAGACCUUCACACUAGCAUCCUUCAGCUUUUCACCAACAGAUUCUGCCACUACAGUGCCAUUGUUAUUAUUAUCAAUCUUUUCCUGGAACUCAUCACUGUCUUGGCUGCCCAAAGGAAAAACCUUCUGCAAUGCCUCAGCACCUAUCCUUACUAUAGCAGCAGCAGCAGCGAGGGGAGAUCGACCAGCACCCUCCCGGCUUUCUAAGUAGGUCAAGACAGUAGGAUCAUCAUAGUAGUCUCCAAGCCUGAACUCUACAUCUUUGGUAUCUCUAAACUUGGGAAAAACCACAUCUGUUAACCAGGUCUCCAACAGCUUACAAAGCCCACGAAGAUAGUCUUCAUCAUCAGGAUUCGAAUUCUCCAGCACAAACUCCACAACUGCUGGGUUUCUAUAACGUGAGUCAACCUGAUCUAGCCCUAACCAUGCAUGACAAUCAUCCAGCUCACCCAAAAGCAGAGAACACAGAGCUCUUCCUAGUGAAAACUCAAUCUCGCGGUUGUUUUUCAGACUGUUUGCAUUCUUUGUCUGUUGGAGUUGCUCAAAUAGAUUGUCAGCAUAUGGUAUAUGCUGAGGCUUUUUACCCAUGAAAGCUUGGGCAAC